UCUGUGUCAAAUUAAAAGUCUUGCACAAUAUACCCUCAUUCGUGCUUAUUGAGCGCAUAUAAUUUGGUCAUGACAUGAGUGAUGUAAUUUGAAAAUGUGUUGACAAAAGCAUUUUCUGCGCAUUUCUUACAUAUAUGCGUCGAAGACCUACAGCUGAGACAAGCUCUCAGGUUGACGAAUGCCAAAACCUGAUUUAAGCAGUGCCUCAAAGACUCCAUGUCUUUCUUGGACUGCUCCUGCAUCUCCCACACUCAGGUCCAGCCCAUGGACAUAGAGGAGUGCUAUGAGGACACCAGUCAGCAUCUCUUGGGCUCUGGGAGCACCCCUCAAUACCCGACAGUGGGAUGUGGGGACGACAUCGCAGCAUUGUCAGCAGAGCCUGCCCAUUACCAGUUCCUCGUUGAGCUGGGGUGGGGCUUCAACAACCUGAGCCAGGUGCACAUGGCGCGCCACACUCCAACUGGGCAGCUGGUGGCGGUAAAAAAUACCAACCUGGAUGAGUGCACAGAGGAGGAGCUGCUACAGCUCCUGAAUGAGGUUUUCCUGUCCAGGCGGAUCCGUCACCCAAACCUGCUGACGCUCCGACUUGUCUUCAGCUCUUGCUGCCAGCUGUGGGUCCUCACGCCACUCAUGGCCUACGGUUCUGCACACUUUCUAAUGAAAACCUAUUUCCCUGAUGGAAUGAGCGAGUCCUUAAUCGCGUACUUGUUACAUGGCGUGUUGCAGGCGUUGGACUACCUGCACCGCAUGGGCUACGUUCACAGGGGUGUGAAGGCCAGUCACAUCCUGUUAUCAGAAGAGGGGCGUGUCUACCUGUCAGGACUCCACGGUGUUUACAGCAUGAUGCGUGAAGGGAAGAGGGUGAGGGCGGUGUUCGACAUGCCCCACCACAGUCCCGCCCUGGUGCCUUGGCUCAGCCCCGAACUACUGCAACAGGAUCUCCAUGGUUAUGGUGUGAAGUCUGAUAUCUACAGCUUGGGUAUUGCAGCGUGCGAGUUGGUGAGCGGCAGGGUACCUUUCCAGGACAUGGCACCCACUCAGACUUUGCUCCUGAAGCUGCGUGGUUUGCACCGCUGCCUGCCGGACACCGCUCUCUUCCCGCUCAGUGAGCUGGGGGGACUGAAGGUGUCCCGGUCCGGGGUGGACUCUGGCAUGGGAGAGAGCGCGGCCACCGGAAGCGCGAGUCACAGCACCACCGCCCCUCCGCCCGCCACAGAAGGACUUCGGAGUCCCGGACCGAAAAACCACUCGGCCACCUUGCACAAUUUGGUGCAACUGUGUCUGCAGCAGCAACCUGAGCGCAGACCGUCAGCCUCUGCCCUCAUGACCCACGCCUUCUUCAAACAGGUGAGGAGGCAGACCAGAGACUCCUUCCUCAGCCUUGUUUACCCAGCGGUGCCGCUCACCAGCUCAGAAGUGCGGCUUUUAUCCUGCCCCCCGACCCCAUCCUGCCACGCUCCAACUGCAGCCGUGGCUGAGGUGUCGUGGGAUUUCUCAUGAAAGACAACUAAUUCUACAAGUUGUCAUCUGCUGUGUUAAAAGAACAGAACAGGCAAAGUAUGAGCAGUUGUUCAAACUGACAUGUAUUACAUACUCCGUACAUACUGUACCUCUUGUGACAUCAACACUAAGAAAUUGUGCUUUGGGUUCGAGAUGCUGUUUGUGUUACUUAAUAUUAGGACAAAAGCCUGCAGUGGAUAUAAAAGGUCUACACACCCCUGUUCCAAUGCCAGGUUUUUAGACUAAGAAAAAAAAAUUAGACGAAGAAAUCAUUUCCAAACUUUUUACACCAAUAAUGUGGCUUACUCAAUCAGAACGGGGAAAAAACGUGGUUGCAAAACUGCGCACACCCACUUAUAACUUGAGAUGUGGCUGUUUUCAGAAUCACAAAUCACAUCCAAUUGGAGUCAGCACACACCUGCCACCAUUUAAAAAGUGCAUCCGAUUAAUACCAAAUACAUUUUGAUUUGAUUUUGUUCGAUUUCAUUGGAGUACUUUUGGAGACUCCCCUAUAUAUGCUCUCUAUAGGGAAAAAGCUUAACAUAGCUUGUCACACAACUGCAAUCGAUCGUCACCAAAAUGUAUGCAGACAUCACUACUCUAAAAACAGCAGAAUGAUUGCCCCAAUAUUUUGGAUUUUAUGGAGGUUAAAGCGUUUUCCUCAUUAUAGAGGACUGUGCCAGCAUCUGUGCUCCGGCGGCUGACUGCUAAUGAAACUUCAGGAUGUGGCCCAUUUGAGAGUUUGACAGCAAAAGAAAAGAACAUAUAGGUGGGCAACACCUGCAGCUGCACCUGCAGGCAACAAGCACUGCGGCUGCCGCAUAUGACUCAUUUUUCUUCAAUUAUAAUUUGAUAAUUUGAUAAAAAAAAGAUUUGAUAAUUGUGAGAGAUCAAAAUUGAAAUCACUAUUAAAAUUCGACUCAUUGCACAACCCGUACAUUAAAAGUGAAAACGGUUUUGUCUAAAAUUGCGAGCUGUUAUUGAGCCUGUUUCUGCAUUAAUAAAUUACACGUGGAAACCUGUCUCACUCUCUGUAAGCAAUCAACUAAUAUUAACUUUCCAUCUCCUUCUUUAAAUAACAAUACACAAUAUAUGUUAUGCAUUUAUUUAAAGAAUAUGUAUACUGUAAGAGACUUCCAUGUGAAUUGGUUGUCACGUCAACCUGGUGAGAGCGCAAGCAACAUUUUGGUGUCACGGGUCCCACAGUCGCAGCGACUCCGCCAGUGAGAUUGGCCCUUUAAGGCCCCCUUUUCCGUCGAAAGAAAAAAAGCUCCAUAGCAUGGCUGCCACCGCCAUGCUUCACUCUGAGUAUGCUGUUCUUCUGGUAAUGAGUUAAUUAUGGACAAAAGUUUGGUUUCAUCAGACCAUAUCACAUUUUUCCACGUGUUUGUGAGAUUUCAAAUGUUUUUGCAAAAUGUUGAAGCCAAGGUUGAACUUUUUAGUCAAAAGUCCAAAAAGUAUGUUUGGCGCAAACUUAGCACUGCUCAUCAAAAGCACACCAUGACGAUGACGAAGUAUUGUAGUGGCAGCAUCGUGCUUUGGGGCCGGUUUUCUUCAGGUGGAGCUGGGGCCUAGACAAGGUGGAGAGAAUUAGGAACAGUUUCAAUUAGCAGUCAGUGUGAGCACAUAACCUUCAGGCUUCUGUGAGAAAGAAAAAUCCUACUAGAACAUCUGAAAUGUAUUCGUGUCAGUCAACGGCACUUUGAAUUGUGGCAGGUGUGCGCUGACUCCCAUUUAACAUGAGUUGGAAUGUGAUUGGUUAAUUCUGAACACAGCCACGUCCCAGUUUAGAGGGUGUGCACACUUGUGCAACCACAUUAUGUCAGUUUUUAUUUAUUUGAUUACCCCUCCCGAAAAGAUUGUUGUUGUUUUUUUCAGUUUAGUUAUAGAUAGUAUAGGUCACAUUACUGGUGGAAUGUUUUGAAAUAAUUUAUCAUGAUCUUUUUUUCUGUCACAAAAGCCUAGUAUUUGAGCAGCUGUGUCUAGACUUUUUUUCUAUCCACUGUCAAUGAAAGCAAAUGAAAACUACAGCAUACUCAUGGAAAACUUGGAAAGGGAGUUGAGCGAGCCAACAGAAAACAAUUCUGGACGAUCUAAUAGCAUUCAAAUAGAUGGCUCAAAUAUCAUCUCUAUUUCCCUCCAUGUUCUAUCUUUAUGAAUCGCUCAGCAUUCACAGCAAAUUACAAUUCAGAAUUGUUGAAGUGAUAAAACGAUGGAGGUGUCCUACCUCAUUUGAAAUGGCCUUUGUGAACAAAAGGGGGCAGUGCACACAAACAAAGAAAAGGCAACAUCCUGCUCAAUCUAAGUGACCUCUGUGUUGUGUGUCGUAUUUACUGUACAAAGAGUAGAUCAGCAAUGUUUCCUGCCCUAUCAGAAGCCAAAGAAGAAAUAUAGCAGUGAGUGAGUAAUGAAGCACGAUUGGCUUCACGUGGAGACCUCUGUGUAACUGUGAUUUAAGUGCAGUGAUGAAAAUGACAUGUCAAAGAUGAGAAUAGACACAUUAAACUAAU